AUGUCGGUCGAGAUCGAGCCGUUCGAGCUGAGCUUCCAACGACCAUUUGUUGCCGAGGUAGCGCAGACGCUCACCAUCAAGAACCCCAACACCGUCCCGGUUGCCUUCAAGGUUAAAACUACUGCGCCGAAACAAUAUUGUGUCCGACCAAAUGCGGGCCGCAUCGAGCCCGGCAAGGCCUUCGAUGUCACUGUGUUGCUGCAGGCCAUGAAGACGGAGCCUCCGGCGGACGCGAGAUGCCGAGACAAGUUCCUAGUUCAGUCGGCGCCCAUCACCUCCGAUAAGGAGUUUGCUAGUAUCGCCAACGUUUUGGACACUACCGACAAGGCACUUCUCCAAGAGAGGAAGAUCCGAGUCAACUGGUUGUCGGCGAACCCCGAGCACGACCAGAGCGCAAGCCGUCCUAUGGCGGUGACACCCAGCAAGAACUCGCUAUCGAACGGAGCCCAUGAGACCCCUGAAGUACCUCGCGCGUUUUCAUCUCCCGGCGCCACCGACGAGACUUCCCCCUCCACCGCUCCUCCACCCUACCCUACCGAAGAUACCCCUGUGCAGGAUGAGGAGCCUGAGGAGAAGCCCGAGGCCAAGAGCACAAUCUCUCAAGCUACUACGGCCGUCACCUCCGCCGCUGAAGCGACAGUCGACGCCCUCAAGGCCGAGCUUGCUCAGGCUGAGGCUCAGAUUGCUGCCCUGAAGGAGACUGGUCUUCGACAGCGCAAUGUCAAGUCCGCCUCUGUGGAUGAUGAGAAGAGGGCUGUCGCGAAGGUGAACCAGGCUGUGAAACAGACCGUUGAGGGCGUGCCAGUACAGAUCGCGGCACUCUUGUGCCUGAUUAGCUUCCUGCUCGCCUACUUCUUCUUCUAG